AUGGCGUAUGCACUGCCUCACUGCCUCACUGCCUCACUCACCCAGACCCGCGAGGGAAAAAGAGGUGCCCCGGUUUGCUUGAAGCAGAAGCAGAAGCAGAAGCAGAAGCAGAAGCAGAAGCAGAAGCAGAAGCAGAAGUAA